CAAUCUUCUAAAAAUUAGCACUAAAGCAGAGUGCCCGUUAGCGGAAACUGCGUCUUAUAAAUAUAAUUAAAAACGAAGCAAUAUUUUGUGGUUGAAUUAUUAGAAAAAUGAUGACUUGUUCAAUUUCUUAAUUUUGAAAUUUUAUAGCUAAAGAUUAUACUUCAAUACAGAAUGAUCGGGAAAAGUAUAUAUUACCAGCUCAAAAUAGGGAAUAUGGCAAGAUGGCGACAUGUUUAAAGCGAACGUCAAAAUUGUUUAAUAUUUCGUUAUUACAAUCAUCAGUGGACAUUUCUCUUCGAGACUUAAUAUGUCCUGUGUGCCGUAGUAUUUUGAUUGAACCAGUGACAUUGCCGUGCACUCAUAAUCUUUGUUUAAAAUGUUUGAAAGGUACUUUUGAACAUAAUAGUUUAAGCUGUCCCCUAUGUAGAAUACGAGUCGGUUCUUGGUUGCGUACAGCAACAAGAACCGAAACAUUAGUUAACAAUAACCUUUGGGAAUUAAUUCGUACUAAAUUUCCAAAAGAAGUUGAAAACAAGUACAACGGUGACGACAAAAACAUUGAAUUGGAUGUUGAAUUUACUAGUGUUAAUAAAACACUCAGUGCAGCAGGAGAAAUUCGUCGGGAAUAUGAAGUGCAACUUCAAAUGGCUGAAGAAGAAAUACAGUGUCAAAGAAAAGCUGAACAGAUAGCUAGUGAAGCAUUAAUUCGUAAGAUUCAAGAAGAAGAACAGCAACAGUUGGCACAAUUAACUCAAGAUCAAUUACUUGCAAAGUCUUUAGUCAAAAAGCAAAUUGCAGAAAAGCAUAAAGAAGCAUCUAAAUAUUAUAAUAAUUAUCCUUAUGCAGCUAAUAAUUUGUUCCAUACCUCAAAGUUUAAUGUUUCUACUAUGACUGAAACAAAUUCAUGUAAAAUGGAACCCCAUAGUUCAAAAUGCGAGAAAGAAAUUGUUUUAGAGCCCCAAGAUAACUCUGGAUUAAGGAGAUCAAAUCAAUUAAGGAGAUCAUUAAUAUCUAAAAUUCGCGCAGAAAGAUAUGCUUUUAGUAUAAAAAGUAAUGAUUCUUCUAAUGUAUGUAACGAUUCCAUGGGUAAAUUUUGUUGUCAAAAACCAAUGCCUAUAUAUAAUGCUACUGCAAGGACUUUGAAACAUCAAGCAACAACAAAAAUGAUAGAAUCUUGCAUGUCAAACUACCCUAUAGAAUCUGCAACAUCUUCCUCAAAAAUAUAUGGUACUCAAAGCAAAGAAGAAUUACAUGUACCAAAUGAUGUUGUAAACAGUAAAAAGAAAAGUUUAGGAGUAGAGGUGUGCAUAUCUUCCGGAGACGACGAUGAAAGAAUGGGAAGUGCAGAAAGUGCCGGUAGUCAUGAUAGUAUUAAUCAAGAAAUUCAUCACUUUAAGCCAAUAAAGGCUAUGCCAAGAACACCGUUAAAAAUUUCUACAGAUGGAAGACAAAUAGAUCCAAAAUUAAUUAGAGUUGUUCCUAUUCUUAAAAGGAUAUCUAAUGUUAUACCUAAACCUCCAUCUCAGACACAUUUUAAACGAAUUAUUGGCUGUUCCUGGAGCGCAUUUCGAGGUAAAACCAAACAACAUAUUAAAGAGAAAGAGAUAUAUCAGGAAGAGAUUGAACAGAAACCAUCAACGUCUUACAAUCAAUCUCAAAUUAUCUCUAAUAAAAUAGUAAAAUCUCAAAUACAUGAAAGCAUUCGAAAACUUGAUUUCGCUUCAGAAACCUCAUUUGACUCCAAUAAAAAUUAUGCUAAAAGUACGAACAAAGUGAUAAAUGGCACUAGAAUUGGUAAAAAACUAAUAUCAGACGACCAUAGGGAUAUUAAAAAGGUGGAGAAGUCUUGGAAAUCAGAUAUUAGGAACGGGAUGGUGUGUAAAUCUAAACGACAGAAAAAUUUAUGGAUUAAAAAAGACACAAGGAGUGGAACGGGUACGAAAUAUGUAGAUGACAUUGAAAUGAGAAAUUCAACAUCUUCGUCUAUAUCUGUAAAAAUAAAUUCAUCAUACGGCGAAGAGAUCGAAGUACAAAGGGAAGACGAGAGGACAGUAGAAAAUAUUGCGGAGAGAAUAAAAAAGAGAAAAAUAAAUAUGGAUAAGAAGAAUUCUGAUAGCAUGUGUUCGUUAAAUUCAGAAUCAGAAGUAAUUAUGAAAAAGAACACAAGGAAAAGAUUAUAUAGAAAACAGAACCUCGAAUACAAAGUAACAGACAAUGUUCCUGUUACAGUACAAAAACGAAAUAAAACUAAGCAUACGAAGACUGCCUUGCCGAAAACGAAACAGCAAAGGGCGCGUCGAGCAAAGCAGUCUAGUACAGAAAGUUCCGAGAAAAGUGAUGGCUCGAUAGGAUUGAGCUGUCAAAUGAAUAAUUUUCCUUUAAGAAAAACAGCGCGAAAUGGCAAACACAAUAAUUCUAUCAAUAGUGAACAACAUGUCAAUGUAAGCGAUGAGAAUAUGGACAGUAACAAUUAUGAUUCAUCCGAAUCUUGCAGUGAAUUGCACGAAUGUAUGUCGGAAAAUAAUAAUACUACCGAGGUGCAUACAGUUGGAGAGAAAAGUAUUCUUUCGGACGAAGAAAUAAUUAAAGAACAGGAACGAAUGGAAAGGUUAGUUAUACAAGAAAAAGAAGAUUUCGAAUUAGCACUGAGAUUGCAAGCAAAGUUUGACGAAAUGGAAAGAAUAGCCGGUCGAACAAGACGAUCGAAAAAGGCGAUCGAAAGUGAAACAAUUGAAUUAGAUUUGUAUAAAAUUGAUGCUGGAAGAAAUGUACAAAAAGCAAUUAAUUCGCAUACUGCCAAACCAUCGAUCCUCAAUCACACUGUCACCACUGAAGCUAAGAAACGUGGUAGGCCUCCGAAGCGUAUAAAAUAAAGCAACACAUAUAUAUACGCUGAUCGUUGCGUCUGAACUGUGAACCUUCCAAAUGGAUGUUCCUAUAAAUUGUAAAUGAAAGGUUUGAAUUUCAUCCUGUAGAAUAUUUUAUCUAUCUCAAUCGAAUUGUUUACAUGGCUUGAAAUGCGUACCUGGGACAUAUUAGUGCGAUCAUGAAAAGAGAAAAAAUAACAAAGAAACGUUUCAAUACAUUUAUGUAGGUAGCUAUGUUUCUUGAAACAUACAUAUAUAUAUAUAAUCAUGUUUUGUAAUAUUUUUUUAUUUACACUCAAUUUUAGCAAUUAUUAUAACACGCACGUGCCGUGUUAAACUAUCGUGAAGAGAAAAUUUUUCUUAAACAUUUUGAUCGUUUUCGUCUUUUUCAGUUGUAUGCUAAUCAAUGGAAGACAGAUUUGACUGAUAUAUAAGAGAUAGAAUUCCUGAGAUUAAAAAUUAUAGCUUUAAAAUGAUGCUACCGUUUAAAUACGACUUGAAAAAUACAGUAGUACUUUCCUAACGCGUCUCCUAUGAAACAUGCGUCUAUGACUAAAACAAUUCUAUUGAACAGAGAAAUGGUUAUUAACAGAUUAGUAUCGCUUUGGACUACCACUUCUUUACUUUAAAUAAUAAAAAUAGGGAAACUUUGGUAUAACGUAGUGCUAUGCAAACUAUAAACAGAAAAGAAGUAAAAAAAAUAUGUUUUAUAACAUUAAUAAAUUUUUUUUUUUAAAUUUAA